AUGAGCGUCGGGGCGGCGCUGCGCCGCGCGAGCGAGGGCUUCCGAGACACCGUGCUGGACCUGUACGCGGCCUCCAAGGUCUUCUGCAUCCAGCUCAUCACGUUCGAGGGGCUGUUUGUAGUGCUCUUUUCGAUCGUCACCACUUCACUGUAUUAUUUCCUGGGCAAGAGCAGCUCGGGCCCGAGCUUCGGCGCCAACAUCUCGUGGACCAUCGUCUCCUUCGCCGUGGUGUCGCCGAUGAUCAUGCAGAUCAGACAGGCCUUCACGCGGCGAGAGCAGGCGCUGGACAUUAUUGCCGAGGGGAAGAAAUUGCCCCAGGAUCACGUGCAGAAGACCAAGACGCUGCUUGAAUCGUUGCUGCACGAUACGAUGUCGCUGCUGAUCAUGCCUACACUGACGCGGGGGCGGCAUCGAUUCACCACGCAUGGACGCAAGCUGGCAUUGCAGUAUGUGACACCUGUGAAGUAUUUGCAGUUGCAGAUUAUCAACACGAUUCGCCAGCUACACGACCAAGUGGAGGUCAUGAAAGCCUGCGGGAUGCCUGCCAACGAAGCCUCGCGAAUCAACCAAUACCACUGGCUGCUUCAGGCACGCAUCGAAAAGCUCCAGAACAUCAAGUGUUACCGCACGCCUCAAGCUACGCGCUCCUUCACUCGGCUUUUCAUCUUGGUACUUCCCGUAUUUUACGGCCCCUACUACUAUCUGGCGACGAACUUCGUCUUCUGCUUGCUGCUCAGCGUAUCAACGAGUUUGUUGAUGACCGGCAUCUUCAACGUGGAGAGAGCGAUGGAGGAUCCGUUUGCUGGUGACGGCAUGGAUGGCGUUCAUGUUCACGAAGUGUUCCAACUGACGCAUCAAAUGCUAGACGAGUGCUACAACGAGAAAACUCAACUGGAGCAACCGACUCAGCGUGGAAUGAAGUAG